AUGGGUACUUGUAGUUAAGGAUAGAAUAUUGAGAAUACUAAGACGAAAGAAAGAACAUUAAACAAAUUAGUAGGUUAUUUUUAUAGUAUCCCUAUGCAACAACAUCCAGAUAUUGAUAGUUUGGUAAUUACAAAAUUAGAGAGACAAAAAAUAAUUACUAGAGGAUUAAGUAAGAAUCUAAUUGAAGAAAUUGUAUUCUUUUUAAAUUCUCGGAGGAUUAGAAAUAGUGAAUAAGACGAUUUACUCGAUCAUUUUAAUUAUGUAUACAACUAAUCAUUUAAGAAAUUGAAUAACUUUAAUACCAACCUGGGGAAAAUGAUAUUGAUUGUAACACUUUUAGAUAUCUAAGACAUCCAUCGAAGUCUUAUUAUGUUAUAAGUCUCUUGAAAUGGGAGAACUGACUCCAGUAGAUGUUUGGUGGGUUCAAGAACAUUUUUUAUGGAGGUAUUGCCAAUUAAAAGAUCAGUACAAAGUAGAAUAUGACAAUUUUUUGGAUUUCAAUUAUUUGAUAAAGUUUUUAUAUCUACUCAAAGAGUGUACUAGAAUUGAAUUGAAAAAGGAAAAUUUAGAAUUAAAUUUGUUUAUCAGUUCCAUAAAGACUGAACAUUAAUAAUAAGAAAUUCCAAACACAGCACGUACUGUUGAUAGUUUUCGACCAUAGCAAAGAAGAUAAGAUACAUUUUGA